AGAGGAAGGCAGCACAGAGCCAACAGAGCCCGAGGCAGUGACAGCUCGACCCCGAGCUGGCGCAGAGAUCCCUGGUGCUGGGAGCAACAGGUAUAGAAUGAACACCUACCUUUUCAUUUACUAUUUAAUCCAGUUCUGUGGACACUCAUGGAUAUUUACAAAUAUGAUAGUCAGAUUUUUUUCAUUUGGGAAAGAUUCUAUGGUCGAUACUUUCUAUGCUAUUGGACUUGUGAUGCGCCUGUGUCAGUCCCUUUCCCUUUUGGAGCUUCUGCACAUAUAUGUGGGCAUUGAAUCAAAUCGGCUUUUUCCCAGGUUUUUGCAGCUAACUGAGAGAAUAAUCAUACUUUUUGUGGUGAUCACCAGUCAAGAUGAAGUCCAAGGAAAAUAUGUCGUGUGUGUUUUAUUCUUCCUCUGGAAUCUAUUGGACGUGGUUAGAUACACAUACAGCAUGUUAUCCAUGGUGGGAAUUUACUACCACAUUUUGACAUGGCUCAGUCAAACACUCUGGAUGUUCAUUUAUCCUCUCUGUGUUCUUGCUGAAGCAUUUGUCAGCUACCAAUCGCUGCCUUAUUUUGAAACUUUUGGCACUUAUUCCACCAAACUGCCCUUUGACUUAUCAAUAUAUUUUCCAUAUGUUUUGAAAAUAUACCUCGUGGUGCUUUUUGUAGGUAUGUAUUUUACCUAUGAUCACCUCUACUCGGAAAGAAAAACUAUCCUCAAAAACUAUCGUGUCAAAGAGAAGAAAAACUAAGGCUUUGUCAUGAAGACCAUCUUGUGCAAUAUGCUGCUGCUGCUGCUGCUGCUAACAUACCACGUGAAGUACUUAGAUUGAAAAAAUGCCAAGUGUUUGAAAAAUAGCCAAUAUUUUUCCUAACUUGGAAUGAAACAUGGAAACCCUUCAAAGAGCCUUGGGCACUCAAAAAUGGUUGU